UAUUUUAAUAUACCAAGCCAAUCGUUCAUUCGUAUUAUGGGUAGACUUUUCUUCUUCGACAUAACCUUAUUUGAUAGAGAUUUUGUUAUAAAAAAUGGAUAAACUGUUGUCGUUAAGUAUAAACAAUGUAUCUAAACUGCUUGCCGAUAAUAGUGUAUCCCCGCAGCUAGUCACUAGUUUAGCGUUAAAGAGAGUGUCAGAGACGAAAAAGUAUAACGCUUUCGUGACCGUCGCCGAGAAAACGGCGACGGAAAGCGCUCAACGGUCCGAAAAACGCAUCAAAGAUAAAAACGUGCUAUCGGAGCUGGACGGUAUACCGGUCGCGGUAAAGGAUAACUUUUGCACCCGGGGCCUCAAAACCACGUGCGCGUCGAAAAUGUUGCACGAUUUCGUGCCGACUUAUAACGCGACCGUGGUAGAACGACUGUUAAACGCGGGGGCGGUGCUCUUAGGCAAGUCGAACCUCGAUGAGUUCGCGAUGGGUUCAGGAACAGUCGAUUCAAUUUACGGGGCGACUCGUAAUGUUUGGGGGUACGAGGACGAGCGAAGCUUUCACAUAUCCGGCGGAAGUAGCGGUGGCAGUGCCGUAGCCGUCGCAACCGGAGCCUGUUUCGGAGCCCUAGGUUCGGACUCGGGCGGGUCCACGCGGAACCCCGCCUCUUAUUGCGGAGUGGUGGGCUUCAAACCGACGUACGGCUUGGUAUCCCGUUGGGGUUUGAUCCCGCUGGUCAAUUCGAUGGACGUUCCAGGGAUAUUAACAAGGACUGUCGACGAUUGCGCUAGUAUUCUCAACGUCAUAGCGGGGCACGACAGCAAAGACUCGACCUCCAGGCCGAGUUAUAGAAAAAUCAGACUUCCGCCUGCCGACAAAAUGACUAUAAGGGGUCUGCGGGUGGGGAUUCCGGCGGAAUAUCACGGGCAGUACUUGUGUCGGGAAGUGAGGGAAGCCUGGAACGAAGUGGCCAAUUUGUUGCUACAGCACGGUGCCACGGUCGAACAAGUGUCGAUGCCGAAUACAGAAUACAGCAUCGUCUGUUACUCGAUAUUGAACCAGUGCGAAGUGGCGAGCAAUAUGGCGCGAUACGACGGCCUGGAGUACGGUUUCCGGGCCGACGAAAACUCUUCUACCGAGAAAUUAUUCGCCACCACUCGCAGUUUAGGGUUCAACGAAAUCGUCCGCAACAGGAUCCUUACCGGCAACUAUUUUCUCCUGACUAGGAAUUACGACAAAUAUUUCACGAAAGCGCUGAAAGUGCGACGCAAAAUCGCCGACGACUUCGACAGGGUUUGGGAAAGGGUGCAGAUUUUGUUGACCCCGACUACCCCCACCACCGCGCCCCUGUAUAGCGAAUUCGUCCAGAAAACCAACAGGGACCAAUGCGCGUUGCACGAUUAUUGCACCCAGCCCGCCAACAUGGCCGGCUGUCCCGCGAUAUCGAUCCCGAUAAGGUUGUCGGAAAGCGGCAUGCCGAUUGGCCUGCAAUUGAUUGGCAGGAACCUAAGCGAACCGAUGCUGCUGGCGGUCGCGAAAUAUAUCGAAAACGUCGUCCAGUUUCCGCAUUUCGUGCGUAAGUUUUAAAAACGCGUCCGCCGCCGCGCGCAGUUGCGCACGACUGACAUUUCGAGAGCAUCGUUCGCCGGUCGAAGAAGGCCUUGACCUCGGACCACCGAUCACAGACGACAGAGCGUUUAAUUAUGUUUUUACGACGUACAAAAGUGACGUCACGUGCGUAUAGUAAUAAAGUUUCUGGACGUUUUGUUUCCCUAUUUUACUCU